UAUUAAUCGUUGAAUUGAAUUUGGCAGAAGAUCUGAUUGUUGGAGCAUAAGUAAAAGUGUCAUUCCAACCUUGAAACGAUCCUCUUUUGGAAACUCAAGAUGAAAUUGUUUCAUCAAACUUUCUAAGGGCUUAUUUAAAUUUUCUUCAUCUAGAAUUUUUAAUAACUUGACAAGUUUUCCUGGUGAUAGUGUCAUUUUUGUUGUUGUUUAUUUAUUUAUUUAUUUAUUUAUUGUAGUUGAUAAAAAAUAUUUAUACCUAUUUAUUUUGUUGUUGUAAAACCAAUUAUAUUUUUUUAACUUGGGCGAAUUUUUAUUGAUCUGGAUGAAAUUGAAGCGAUGGAACGAAUGUAGCUUCGUUGUAAAUUCUCCAUACGAUUAAAGUGUUUUUACUACUGUUAAAAAAACCAAGCUCAUAAUUUGAAGCUUAUUAAAUAUUAUAAGAGUUAAAUAACAAUUGAGUUAUUUAAUUAUAAAUAAAUAAUUUGAAAAUGGCUACAUUAGAAGACAAAUCAAUUUGGGAAGAUAAUGAGGAAACUUUGAGUGAAGAUGUAUUGCGAAUGUCAACAGAUGAAAUAGUAUCACGUACACGACUCCUAGACAAUGAAAUAAAAAUAAUGAAAAGUGAAGUGAUGCGUAUAUCACAUGAAUUACAAGCUCAAAAUGAUAAAAUAAAAGAAAAUACUGAAAAAAUAAAAGUAAAUAAAACAUUGCCAUAUCUUGUGUCAAAUGUUAUUGAAUUGUUGGAUGUUGAUCCACAAGAUAUGGGUGAAGAAGAUGGUUCUGUUGUUGAUUUAGAUUCACAAAGAAAAGGUAAAUGUGCUGUUAUAAAAACAUCAACACGUCAAACUUACUUUUUACCAGCAAUUGGUCUUGUUGAUCCUGAAAAGCUAAAGCCAGGUGAUCUUGUUGGUGUCAAUAAAGAUAGUUAUUUGGUACUUGAAACAUUGCCAGCUGAAUAUGAUGCUCGUGUUAAAGCUAUGGAAGUUGAUGAACGUCCAACUGAACAAUAUUCUGAUAUUGGUGGUCUUGAUAAACAAAUACAAGAAUUAAUUGAAGCUGUUGUAUUACCAAUGACACAUAAAGAAAAAUUUGUAAAUUUAGGAAUACAACCACCAAAAGGUGUAUUAUUAUAUGGACCACCUGGUACUGGUAAAACUUUAUUAGCACGUGCAUGUGCUGCACAAACAAAAUCAACAUUUUUAAAACUUGCUGGACCACAACUUGUACAAAUGUUUAUUGGUGAUGGUGCUAAACUUGUACGUGAUGCAUUUGCACUUGCUAAAGAAAAAGCACCAGCAAUUAUAUUUAUUGAUGAACUUGAUGCUAUUGGAACAAAACGUUUUGAUUCUGAAAAAGCUGGUGACAGAGAAGUACAAAGAACAAUGUUGGAGUUAUUAAAUCAACUUGAUGGAUUUAGUUCAACAGCUGAUAUUAAAGUUAUUGCUGCAACAAAUAGAGUUGAUAUAUUGGAUCCUGCACUAUUAAGAUCUGGACGUCUUGAUAGAAAAAUUGAAUUUCCACAUCCAAAUGAAGAAGCCAGAGCUCGUAUUAUGCAAAUUCAUUCAAGAAAAAUGAACAUGUCACCAGAUGUUAAUUUUGAAGAGUUAUCCAGAUCAACUGAUGAUUUCAAUGGAGCACAAUGCAAGGCUGUUUGUGUUGAAGCUGGUAUGAUUGCACUGAGACGUAAUGCAACAGCUGUGACUCAUGAAGACUUGAUGGAGGCUAUCAAUGAGGUGCAAGCCAAGAAGAAAGCCAAUCUUAAUUACUAUGCUUAAUCAAACACUCAAAUAUAUAUUCAAAUUGCUUUUUUUUUUUUUUUUUAAAUAUAAUAUCCAAUAAUGUAUCCUGGUAUUAAUUUACAUACUUGAAAUAAAAAAAAAAACAAAUAUAACUGUAAA